GUCAUCGAUCAACAACCACCUUUCCAAAUGCACACCUUCAUCACCGAUGUCAGAAACAAUGACGAGUACCGCUCAUACCUCGUACUAACGGUUUUUGCACCUAAAGUGGUAGAUGGACCAUCGAGGGUGACCCGCGUUUGGAGGCGGUACUCAGAGUUUAUCAAACUCAGAGAGUAUCUGGCGCGUGUGUACUCCUUUGUCAUACUUCCAGUUCUGCCACCGAAGAGGAUUAAUUCGACCGACGAGAAAGUGAUAAGCGUGAGGCGUUCUUCGCUGGCCUCAUACCUGCAACGUCUUCUGGACCACGAUUUAACGUCAAAGGAUACGAGAGUAUUAUUAUUUAUCACCGCCGAACCGUUUGACGCGGCUGUGCUCUUGGAAGGGAAGCCUCCUCGCUCGUUGAGCAUAUCUCUCACAAAACCUAUCGUUUCAGAUAGCGUAUCAGAAAUAGUCCGCAGCGAUUCGAAAGCAAUCGCAUUACAGACGGCUCUUUCCAAUGUCCUAAGACACCGAAGCUGCAGGUCGAAAUGUUUACAAGACCUCCGACAGAAUUUGGAGGUGUGUGGGGGAUUAUACCAAACCUGGGCCAAGGACGAAACUGAUCUAAGGAGUCCUUUGCAAACCAUGUAUAACUUGAUAUGCCAGCAGCCAGAGUUGAGAGGUAAUGCUAUGGGAUGCACGAAACGAAUGAGCGAGAAUUGCCGUAUGCUAGGAUCACUGAGGAAGGCUGUUGCUGCCUAUAGCGCAAAGUGUUCCGCUCAGCAAGAUAAAUUAGAGCAGCUAGUCCGUGCACAGAAGGACGUAGACGAUAUAAAAGCUGGAAACAAUCCGAGCAGGUUACGAGCACUGUUUUCAGGCCAGUCAUCAGUGGACGCCACCUCACAGCUUCUUCCGAAUGUACAGGCACACUUAAAAGAGGCGAAAUGUAUCUCAAAACGAGGCGAUGCCGAAUUAAAGAUCUACGAGCGUCAUGUGCAGUAUGAGAUAUACAAAUUCUUCUGGAGAAUGGAAUUGGACUUUAUGCAUGAAGCCCGAGAUACCUGCAAAGCCGACUUGAGCUUGUUAAAUAAGGAUUGUCCCCGUUGUUGA